AUGCUGCGAACAGCCCCGGUUGCGGUCACUCGGAGUGUUCUAUAUCUCGGCGUUUCCAGGCAUCGUCGACAGAAUCCCACGAUGUCAUGGCCACCAAAAUACAUUAAGCAUUUCCAUUCAACAACUACAUACAGUGAUAACUAUCAGCUUCUUUCAACUAUCCGUAAGGCGGGGCGAGCCGAGGAUGUGUUCCAUGAAGAGCAGAUUAGCGAAGUCGAGCGGUGGUGGGCGAGUCCCCGUUUUCAAGGGAUUAUGCGACCUUAUUCUGCUGCCGAUGUUGUAACCAAGCGAGGCUCAUUGAGACAGUCGUACCCAAGUUCCGUCAUGGCGCGAAAGCUGUUUAAUUUGCUCAACAAGCGACAAGAGGAGGCUUGCCCUGUUCACACCAUGGGCGUGGUUGACCCCGUGCAGAUGACCCAACAAGCUUCAAAUCAAGAAGCUGUCUAUAUUUCCGGUUGGGCAUGCUCCUCUCUGCUUACAACCUCGAACGAAGUUUCUCCGGACUUUGGGGAUUACCCCUACAAUACCGUUCCGAAUCAGGUUCAACGCAUAUUCAAAGCACAACAACUGCAUGAUAGGAAACAUUGGGAUGAGAGAAGAAAGUUGACUGUGGAACAGCGUGAGGAGAUACCUUACGUUGACUUUCUCCAGCCCAUUUUUGCGGAUGGCGACACCGGACAUGGUGGCGUUACCAGUGUGAUGAAAUUGGCUAAAUUGUUCGCAGAGAGUGGUGCAGCAGCUGUGCAUUUCGAAGAUCAACUGCACGGUGGGAAGCGAUGUGGUCACUUGGCCGGGAAGGUGAUUGUGCCUAUGAGUGAACACAUUCAACGACUCGUUGCUGCUCGUUUCCAGUGGGAUUUGAUGGGUACCGAGAAUUUACUCUGUGCGCGAACCGAUUCUGAGAAUGGAAGACUUAUCAGCAGCACGAUCGAUACGCGAGACCACGAGUUUAUCCUUGGUGUUACCAAAGAGACAACACCCCUUGCAGAAUCACUCAUGGAGAUGGAGGCCAGAGGAGCCGGAGUGAACGAAAUUAACGAUUUUGAGCUCAAAUGGCUUAAGGACCAUCCGUUAGUCAGUUUUGAUGAAGCCGUCGACGCACAAAUGUUGGUUGAAAACACGCCGCAAUCUAUACGGGAUACCUACUGUAGCGAAGUGAAGGCAAAUCCGGAUCUUUCUAUUUCUCAGCGCCGUGUUAUUUCCGCCAAGUACACUAGGUCACCGGUCAUAUGGUCUUGUGAGGUCCCUCGCACUCGCGAAGGCUACUAUCACUAUCGGGCCGGUUUCCCUGCAGCGACGAAGCGAGCAAAGGUAUUUGCUCCGUAUGCAGAUCUCUUGUGGAUUGAGACAAGCACGCCAGAUCUGGAGAAGGCAGCACAGCUUGCCAGGGAUAUCAGAAGGACUCAUUCCGACAAGAAGCUUGUCUACAAUCUCAGUCCGUCAUUUAACUGGAUCGGAGAAGGGUUUGACGAAGAGAGUCUCAAGUCCUUUGUGUGGGCAUUGGCCAAACAUGGAUUUAUCUUGCAGAUUGUCUCACUAGCAGGUGUGCAUUCUAAUGCGUUAAUUACAACCGAGCUCUCCCGUGCCUUCAAGCGUGACGGCAUGCUGGCUUACGUGAAGUUAAUUCAGUCCCGUGAGAAGGACCUAAAUGUGGAGACGCUCGUUCACCAGAGAUGGAGUGGCGCAUCGUACAUUGAUGGCAUCCUGGCUGCAUUGCAGCCUGGAUGCAGCAGUAACCAGAGUAUGGGCAAAGGAAGCACUGAAAAUUAUUUUUGA